GGCAGGACCGGCACCGGCGGGACCGGGGCUCAGCGCAGCAGCGCAGCGGAGCCGAUGUCCAUGAGGAGCCCCGUGUCGCCGCCCCUGGAGCUGGAUGGAGCGGGCACCAUGGUGAACUGCGCCGUCAAGACGGAGGAGAAGAAGGAGGGCGGCCCCGAGACCCCCGCGGGGGCUGCCCCCAGCGCCGAGCCCCGGCCCCACGACCCCCCAGGGCCACCGCCCAGGGAUGGCACCGACCCCCAGGCCCUGCCACAGGAAUCCUGCUCUCCCACUGGGGACGUUCCCGAGCCCCGGCGUUCUGCCUUGGAGCCGGCCAGCAGCGGCCAGGAGAAGCUGGACUUCAACAGGAACUUGAAGGAAGUGAUGCCGACCAUCGAGAAGCUGCUGUCCAGCGACUGGAAGGAGCGGCUGCUGGGCCGGAACACGGCUGAAUCCAAGGAAGUGAAAGGGACCCAGGAGAGCCUGGCAGAGAAGGAGCUGCAGCUGCUGGUGAUGAUCAACCAGCUGUCCACGCUGCGGGACCAGCUCCUGACGGCGCACUCGGAGCAGAAGAACAUGGCCACGAUGCUCUUCGAGAAGCAACAGCAGCAGAUGGAGCUGGCACGGCAGCAGCAGGAACAGAUCGCCAAGCAGCAGCAGCAGCUCAUCCAGCAGCAGCACAAGAUCAACCUCCUACAGCAGCAGAUCCAGCAGGUCAACAUGCCCUACGUGAUGAUCCCCGCCUUCACCUCCAGCCACCAGCCCCUCCCGGUCACCCCCGAGUCCCAGCUGGCGUUGCCCAUCCAGCCCAUCCCCUGCAAACCAGUGGAUUACCCGGUGCAGCUCCUGCACAGCCCCCCUCCUGCCACGCUGAAGAGACCCGCGGGCCCGGGCCACCUCCAGAUGCAGGAGACCUCGCAGCCACUGAACCUGACAGCCAAACCCAAAGGUUCCGAGCUCCCCAGUGCCUCCAGUUCGCCCAGUUUGAAGAUGAGCAGCUGCCAGUCCCUCACGCCGAGCCAUGGGGCCACCAGGGAGCUGCAGGCCAGCCCGUCCAACCUCCCUCUGGGAUUCCUGGGAGAGGGCGAUGCCAUCACCAAAGCCAUCCACGACGCGCGGCAGCUGCUGCAUGGCCACGGCGCCGCCAUGGAGGGGCCACUGGGCAGCCCCUACCGCAAGGAGCACGUGGGGAUCGACUCCUCCCCGGUGAAGGAGAGGAUGGAGGAGACCCCGGGCCACCGGCUGGACGAGGCUCUGCUGACCUGCGAGAUGGACGGCUCCCGGCACUUCCCGGAGUCCAGGAACAACAACCACAUCAAGCGGCCCAUGAACGCCUUCAUGGUGUGGGCCAAAGACGAGCGGAGGAAGAUCCUGCAGGCGUUCCCGGACAUGCACAACUCCAGCAUCAGCAAGAUCCUGGGAUCCCGCUGGAAAUCCAUGUCCAACCAGGAGAAGCAGCCGUACUACGAGGAGCAGGCGCGUCUGAGCCGGCAGCACCUGGAGAAGUACCCGGAUUACAAAUACAAGCCCCGGCCCAAGCGCACGUGCAUCGUGGAGGGCAAGCGGCUGCGCGUGGGCGAGUACAAGGCGCUGAUGAGGAACCGGCGCCAGGACGCCAGGCAGGGAUACGUGAUAGGGCCGCAGGGCAGCCAGGUGCCCCCCAGCUCCUCGGACGUGCUGUACCCACGGCCGGUGGGCGUCCAGCUGCCCCCACCCCUCCUGGAGCAUUACCUGCCCCGCAGCGUGGACCCCACCAUGCCCGUCAUCGUCAACACCCGCAGCCUCAAGGACGGCGACGCUGGCGACGAUGGGCACUCGGUGGCCGAGGGGGACAUGUACCGCUACAGCGAGGACGAGGACUCGGAGGGCGAGGACAAGAGCGAUGGCGAGCUGGUGGUGCUGACGGACUGAGGGGGGACAGAGGGACAGUGGAGGGGGUGGCAGGGCUGGCUGCCACCACCAGGAGGGCACGGCGUGUUCUGGUGGGAUGGGACUCGGCCACAGGAGAGCUGCCCACCUGCAGAGGGGUCCCACAAGGGUGGGUACCUGGAAUUUUGGGUGGUGAGGACUGGCUCGGUCUUGCUCUGGUGGCAGAUGGAGCUGAGGCCACCGAGCCUGGAGAUUUGGUGACAUGGCUGCUGCGCUGUCACCCCUGAGGGGACCUGAGGGUCUUGGGGUGCAGAACCUCUGGAGCAUCUCCCAGCCCUGCAGCACCUGCGGGUCCCAGAGAGUCUCACCUGCUGCGCUGCUGGGCACGGACUGGGGACACGGGGUGGGGACACGCUUGUCCCUCCUUUAUCCUGGUGUGACCUCCCCGCCGCACUUCCCGCUCGCUCUUUGGAGCCUGCCAGCGAAUUCCCACGGAGCCAAUUUUAGCUCCAGCCUGGCCCCAGCUCCGGCCAAGGGCUCCUCAGGGCCCUUUGUGCUCCCAACAGCUCUGGCCCACUUUGGAAAUAAAGCGGGGGUUGUUCCCGGGCUGCCAGCCCCCGCUGGGGGGGGGACGUGCCUGGCUGUCCCUGGGCACCUGUCCCUGAGCUCGGGCUCCACCUGAGCCCUGCAGGGUGAGAGGGAGGGAGAAAUAAUGGCCAUUAGGGGGAAAAAAGGAAAUAACUAGAAAAAAUGACCUUGCUCUGGUCAGAGCCCGUUCCAGGGAAGGGCUGGGGAUGAGGGGUGUCCAGGUGAGAAUUUGGGGUGUCCAGGGGUGUGCGUCCAGUGUCUUAAGUGUGUGUGCACGGCGCCCAGGUGUCCCUGUGCAGUGUCUGAGUGUGUGCAGGGUGUCUGUCCAGGUGUGCACACACGAAGUCUGGGUGUGCGUGUGGUGUCCAGGUGUCCCUGUCCAAUGUCUGAGUGUGUGCACGGUGUCCAGGUGUGUGUCCGUGGUGUCUGGGUGCGUGUGCGGUGUCCAGGGGUGUGUGUCCAGGGCCCAGGUGUGCACAUGCAGUGUCCAGGUGUGCGUGUGUGCAAUGGCCGGCUGUGCGCACAGUGCCCAGAGCCCAGCUGCGCACACGCGGUAUCUCGGCUGGGUGUGCAGUGUCUGAGUGUGACUGUGUGGUGUGUGUGACUGUGCGGUGUCUGGGUGUGACUGUGCAGUGUCCGAGUGUGACUGUGCGGUGUGUGAGUGUGACUGUGCAGUGUUCGGCUGUGACUGUGCAGUGUCUGGGUGUGACUGUGCAGUGUCCGAGUGUGACUGUGCGGUGUGUGAGUGUGACUGUGCAGUGUUCGGCUGUGACUGUGCAGUGUCUGGGUGUGACUGUGCAGUGUCUGGGUGUGACUGUGCGGUGUCCGGGUGUGACUGUGCGGUGUGUGAGUGUGACUGUGCAGUGUUCGGCUGUGACUGUGCAGUGUCUGGGUGUGACUGUGCGGUGUGUGAGUGUGACUGUGCAGUGUUCGGCUGUGACUGUGCAGUGUCUGGGUGUGACUGUGCAGUGUCUGGGUGUGACUGUGCGGUGUCCGGGUGUGACUGUGCGGUGUGUGAGUGUGACUGUGCAGUGUUCGGCUGUGACUGUGCAGUGUCUGGGUGUGACUGUGCGGUGUGUGAGUGUGACUGUGCAGUGUCUGGGUGUGACUGUGCGGUGUCUGAGUGUGACUGUGCGGUGUGUGAGUGUGACUGUGCAGUGUCUGGGUGUGACUGUGCAGUGUGUGAGUGUGACUGUGCGGUGUCCGGGUGUGACUGUGCAGUGUCCAGCUGCGUCCCCCGUGUCCCUCCGUGCGCGGGGCUCCGGCACCUCCCUGUGGCAGCAGCCAGGAACAGGCUCCGAGCGUCUGGCACCGCGGGGCCAUCACCGUGCUGGGGACACCGCGGGGACCGUGACCACGCUGGGGACACUGUGGGCACUGUCACCGUGCUGGGGACACCGCGCGAGUCGUGGCCACCCGGGCUCGAGGCCGCACAAAGCGAGGACCAGCCCCUGUCCCCGUGUCCCCAGCCCGGGGUGGGGAUCCGAGGCUCGGCAGCACCAGCGCCCCAAUGCUGGGGCCAUAGCCCUGGGGACAUCCUUUACCCCAGGGGACAUCCCGCCUCGUCCCCUGCCCAGCCAACCCCUCCCUCCCUCUCCUGCCCUUUGUCAGUGCUUUAUUUAUUCCCAACUCCCUGUGCCGGGGCUGGGGUCCCUGGGGAAGGAAAAGGGGGUCACUGGGGAAGGAAAAACGUCCCAGCUCCAAGGUGGGAUGGGAUGGGGUGGGGUGGGAUGCAGAGGGAUUGGAAGCAGAUGUGUCCCCUCCCCACAGCUGCAGCUCUUCCUGUCUCUCUUCCAUUUCUUUUUCUUUUUCUUUUUUUUGGUGUUUUGUUUUGUUUUUAAAGAUUGUAAAUAUAGAUAGAGCUUUAUUUUGUUAAUAAGACGACGAGUAACUUAACCUGUAUAUUUCACAUCCCUGUUUACAACCCUCCCUCCCCCUGUCCCUUGGCACAAUAAAAGUGACUUUUUGGAGCAGA